AUGGCAGCCGAUAGGGCCGCCGUCGCCUCUGGCGCUGACGUCGCCGAUGGGUUGAGAAAGCGUCCUGUUAACAACGGCACCCCGACUCCCCCUACAUCUCAGCCUGAAGACAACAAGAAAAAGGCCGCCAAGAAGGCCGAAAAGAACUUUGUCGACACCUUCGUACAAUGGGAGCACAUCUUUGCCCCGCUCAUCUUCACUGCCCUGGCCUUCUUCACUCGACUAUGGAAGAUUGGCUUGAGUGACAUUGUUACCUGGGACGAGGCUCACUUUGGUAAAUUUGGCAGCUACUACAUCAAACAUGAAUACUACUUCGACGUCCACCCUCCCCUUGGAAAGAUGCUUGUUGGAUUGUCUGGCGUUCUCGCUGGCUACAAUGGAUCCUUCGAGUUCAAAUCUGGCGAGAAAUACCCCGAAUAUGUCAACUUUUCCUUCAUGCGCGCCUUCAACGCCUUGUUUGGCAUUGUCUGCGUCCCCAUGGCCUACUACACUGCCCGCGAGCUCAACCUUCGCCGACCUGCCGUCUGGCUGGUUACCCUCAUGGUCCUGUGCGAGAACUCAUACACCACGAUUAGCCGCUUCAUCCUGCUCGACUCCAUGCUGCUCUGCGGUACUGUGGCUACUACCCUUUGCUGGGCCAAGUUCCACAACCAGCGCCACAACAGCUUCGAGCCCGAGUGGUUCUUCUGGCUCUUCAUGACUGGCAUCAGCAUUGGCUGCGUCUGCAGUGUCAAACUGGUCGGCCUCUUCGUUACUGCUCUGGUUGGUCUGUACACCGUCGAGGAUUUGUGGAACAAGUUUGGCAACACCAAGAUGCCCAUUACGACUCUGGCCGCCCAUGUCGCCACUCGUGCCGUGGGAUUGAUCCUCGUCCCUUUCCUCAUCUACCUCCUCUCCUUUGCUCUUCACUUUGCCAUCCUCGAUCGCACCGGUCCUGGUGAUGCCCAGAUGAGCUCUCUGUUCCAGGCCAACCUGAAAGGCACAGAAGUUGGAAAGAAUAGCCCUCUCGAAAUCGCCUAUGGCUCUCGUGCUACUAUCAAGAACAUGGGCUACGGUGGUGGUCUUCUCCACUCCCACGUUCAGACUUACCCCGAGGGUUCCCAGCAACAACAGGUCACCUGCUAUCACCACAAAGAUGCCAACAACGAUUGGUUCUUCUAUCCCAAUCGCCGCGAGCCCGACUACGACUCUGAGUCCCCCGAUCUCCGCUUCAUUGGCGACGGCACCACCAUUCGUCUGAUCCACGCCCAGACUGGCCGUAAUCUGCACUCUCACGACAUCGCCGCCCCCAUGUCCAAGAGCGACAAGGAAGUCUCCUCUUACGGUAACCUGACUGUCGGCGACGAAAAGGACCACUGGAAGAUUGAGGUUGUCCGAGACGUUGCCUCGCGAGACCGAAGUCGAGUCCGCACUCUGACAACUGCUUUCCGUCUCAAGCACGAAGUUCUUGGUUGCUAUCUGAAGGGCACCAACAAGAAUCUGCCGCAGUGGGGUUUCAAGCAAAUCGAAGUGUCUUGCACCAUGGAGAACAACCCUCGCGAUGCCUACACCCACUGGAACGUCGAGGCUCAUUGGAAUGACAAGCUGCCUGCCGGCGACCCUGGCGUUUACAAGUCUCCUUUCUUCCACGACUUCAUUCACCUCAACGUUGCCAUGAUGACGUCCAACAACGCACUCGUCCCCGACCCUGACAAGCAGGAUGAUCUCGCGUCAAAGUGGUGGCAAUGGCCCAUUCUUCACGUUGGUCUCCGUAUGUGCGGCUGGGAUGACAACAUUGUCAAGUACUUCCUCCUCGGCAACCCCCUCGUCUACUGGGGUUCUACCAUUGGUAUCGGUAUUGUCGGUCUCGUUGUUGUGUGGUACAUUCUCAGGUGGCAGCGAGGCUUUGCCGACCUUGAUGACAAGGAAAUUGACCAAAUUCACUACUCGGCCAUCUAUCCCGUUGCUGGCUGGUUCCUGCACUACCUGCCCUUUGUCAUCAUGGCUCGUGUCACCUACGUGCACCACUACUACCCGGCGCUGUACUUCGCCAUUCUCACAUUUGGAUUCCUCGUGGAUUGGACAGUCAGGAACCGCAACACGGCUAUCCAAGGUGUCACGUACGGUGUCCUGUAUUCUGUCAUCAUUGGGCUGUACGUUCUGUUUAUGCCCAUUUGCUGGGGCAUGGUUGGACCCAACAAGGAUUACAGCUACAUGAAGUGGUUCGACAACUGGAAAGUCAGCGACUAA